AUGACGCAGUGUUCGACCCAGCGGGAUUCCUCAGCUGGCUUCAAUCAACCCAAUCUGGACGCCAUCGACCAAUUGACUCGUUUUGGCCAAGCUCUCAACGUCGAGCACUGGGCUACCCCAGACAGUGUCUUGAAGGCCUACUCGCCCUUCCAUGCCACCGCCAACAACGCCAACAACGCCGCGACCGACCAGCCCCAGGCCCAGCUCCAAUUGGCCCAUCGUCCGGUGACCGCCAACGAGGACACUGCACGAGAACCAGAUUCCAGAACCAUGGCUACUGCCACCAGGAAAAGGAGCCGCGAGCGCUUCGAGAUCCACGAGGAUCCCCCCCACGCCCGUACAGAAGACACGGAGAUGGUGGCCGGCUCUGAGCACCAGACCGAGGUCGACGAGGACGAGGACGAUGCCGACGACGCCGAGAACGACAACGAAUCCACCGACGACAGCUCCGAUGAGGACGACGUCGUCGACUCCAGCGUCCAGCGCGAGAUGGUCCGUCUGCAAGACGUCUUCCCCGGCUUUCGACAUAGGUAUCGUCUUAUUAAGAGAAUUGGCGAAGGCACCUUUUCAACCGUCUACAAGGCCGAAGACAUCCAAUACGACAGAUACGACAAUGAUUGGGAUAUCGAGAACAACGAACGAGACCAAAAAUGGAGCACCCCGCCUUUGAAGCAGCGUAAUGGCAGCCACAACCCCUCGAGAGAGCCACGUCGUCGCGCUCGAUAUGUCGCCAUCAAGAAAAUCUACGUCACCUCCAGUCCCACCCGUAUCCUCAACGAGCUCGAGUUGCUCCACGAUCUCAGAAACUGCCCGGCAGUCUGUCCACUGAUCACGGCCUUCCGCAGCACCGACCAAGUCGUUGCCAUUCUGCCCUACUUCCGCCACGAGGACUUCCGCGACUAUUUCCGCCAGAUGAAGAUCUCAGACAUGGCCAUCUACCUGCGCAGCCUGUUUACCGCGCUAAAGGCCGUCCACGAGCACAAGAUCUUGCAUCGCGAUAUCAAGCCCACCAACUUUCUGUAUGACCCCCAGACGCGGCGUGGUGUAUUGGUCGACUUUGGUCUCGCCGAGCGCGAGGGAUCCGACAGCAAGCCGUGCCUUUGCCACGAGAGCAGAGACGUCCGCAAGCAGCGGAUUCAAAACAGCGCAGCAUCACAAAACGGUCCCCAGCAAGGCUACCCCAAGGCAGACAGCCGCCCGUCACGGCGAGCCAACCGUGCCGGCACAAGAGGCUUCCGUGCUCCCGAAGUGCUGUUCAAGUGCACAGAACAGACCACCAAGAUCGACAUCUGGUCAGCAGGCGUCAUCCUCCUGACCAUUAUGAGCAAGCGCUUCCCCUUUUUCAACAGCGCCGACGACGUCGAAGCCAUGAUUGAGAUUGCCACCAUUUUUGGCACCAAGCGUAUGAAGCAGGCGGGUCUCUUGCACGGCGCCAUGUUCGAAACAAAUAUCCCCACAGUGGGCACCGCGGGUUUCUCGCUCGAGAAGAUUAUCCUGUGGUCCACAUGCCGUACUGACGGCGGCAAGGACGGUCAGCCAGGUAUCCCGUUGGAUGACGAGGAGAAGCUGGCUGUCGAGUUCCUGGGCCGAUGCUUGGAGUUGGACCCCGCGAGGAGAAUCAGCGCCCAGGAGGCGUUGGAGCAUGAGUUCCUACGGGAGCCUGAGCCAAAACAGUCCGUGGAGACGAUAGAAACCGAGGACGACGAGAUGGACAUGCUUGAGGCGUAA